UCUCCAUCUAUAAACUCAAACACAUCUUCCUAUAUAAACACACAUAAACCAAGCAAUUAAACAUCAACAUUCACAAUCCACACACAAAAAACUUGUACAAUUACUAAAGAUAAGUCUUUAAGAAAAGAAAAAAGAAAUGAUGAAUACGAAGAGUGUAGCCAUGUUGAUGAUGGUGUUGAUGGUACUAAUGGGAAUGGAGAACGUUUUGGUUCACGCUCGUCGUCAUCAUCAUCAUCGUCAUCCUUCUCCUUCUCCAUCUCCUUCACCAGAUUCUGACUCCCUUUCUCCUUCUCCUUUACCAGAUUCUGACUCUUCUCCUCUUUCACCAGAUUCUGACUCUCUUUCUCCUUCACCCGAUUCUGACUCUCCUUCUCCUUUUCCUUCACCCGUUUCAGCAGGAAAAGAAAUAUAUUGCGUACUUGGUUCUAUUCAUCAAUGCCUUCUGCUAGGCAUAAAGUCAAACGAUUGGGACAAGUUUGGCUCAUGCAUUAAAGAAUGUUCGGAGAAAUGCAAAAGGAAUAACACAAGCGAUGAUAUAUAUGUCUAAAAUUACUAAAGAGCAAAUGAUUGUUUGACUUCUAUAAUAUCAUUUCAUAAUGUUUUCGUGAGACAUAUAAUAAAAAUAUAAGGGAUAUAUAAUAAUAAGUAAUAACUAUUGAUAUUUUCUUUAAACAAGAGCAUCGUAUAGAUCUCAAC